CGAGUCAUCAUCAUCAGUAAUUUGUUAUUGUCGCCUGUUUUCGUUGUUGCUGGCGGUUCUGUCAGCGAUGCUGCUCUGCUUGUCCCGCGCGGCGAAUGGGAGGAUAUAUGCUGCCCAAAGCCUCUCGCAACGCUCACCCCUCUCCUGUGGUCACCCUGCUGCGUGGGGCACAGCUCUGGCAGAGAAUACUUUUCCCGAGUCAGCCAUCUGGGGAGACUUUUGAGCUGUAAAUGGACAUCUUUCACUGAGAAAGGAGCUGCUACCCGCUUCUUUUACAAACAAUACCGAAAUCUGGCACUGUCACAAUCUACACCUCUUCUUCUCAUCAGCCAUCAAUAAGACUUCUCAGUGACUGGAGGUGUGGAUGACUUGCAAGACUUGGAGCUUGGAGAUAAACCCAAGAGGAUGGGAUGAUGGGGCAUGUCUGGAUGCUGUUAGUUCAUCUGCAUGUGAACAAGAGAACUCCAGUUUAUUCCCCCACUACAUACUGCAAACAGAUUACCCAUCAGCAGCUUUCAAGAUGACAAGAAUUUUGACAGCUUGCAAAGUGGUGAAGACUUUGAAAGGCAAAUUGAAGUUUUGCAAUGUGUCUGCUGAUCACUGGAGUUUCUCAAGGACAGGUCCCAGGCUGUUGAGCAUCAAGGCGCAGACAGCGAACUUGGUGCUGGAAGAUGGGACGAAGAUGAAGGGCUAUUCUUUUGGCUAUCCAUCCUCCACAGCAGGGGAAGUCGUAUUCAACACUGGGCUCUCUGGAUACACCGAAGCCUUGACAGAUCCCAGCUACAAAGGACAGAUUCUUACCCUGGCUAACCCCAUAGUUGGGAAUGGUGGAGUGCCUGAUACAGCUACUUUGGAUGAAAUUGGCCUCAAGAGGUUUCUGGAGUCUGAUGGGAUCAAGGUUUCAGGUUUGCUGGUGCUGGACUACAGCAAAGAGUACAGCCACUGGCAGGCUGCUAGGAGCCUGGGAGAGUGGUUGGAGGAAGAACAGGUGCCUGCACUGUAUGGGAUUGAUACUAGAAUGCUGUCCAAAUUAAUUCGUGACAAGGGCACAGUACUUGGGAAGAUUGAAUUUGAAGGUCAACCUGUGGAGUUUGCAGACCCAAAUAAACGAAACUUAAUUGCAGAAGUUUCUACAAAGGAAGUCAAAGUUUAUGGCAGAGGGAAUCCAAUUAAAGUUGUAGCUGUCGACUGUGGGUUGAAGCACAACAUUAUCCGUCUGCUAGUGAAGCGAGGUGCAGAAGUAUAUUUAGUUCCCUGGGACCAUGACUUCACCAGCAUGGAUUACGAUGGACUCAUAAUUUCUGGAGGACCAGGGGAUCCCAUGAAGGCCCAGGAGGUGAUUCAGAAUGUCAGAAAGGUUCUGGAAAGCGACCGCCCAGAGCCCCUGUUUGGAAUUAGCAUGGGGCAUCUAAUCACUGGAAUAGCAGCUGGAGCUACUUCCUACAAGAUGCAGAUGGCCAACAGGGGCCAGAACCAGCCUGUCCUAAAUGCAGUGAAUGGACAGGCUGUCAUCACUGCUCAGAACCACGGCUAUGCCAUUGACAGCUCUACCCUCUCAUCUGGCUGGAAGCCUCUCUUUGUGAAUGCCAACGACCAAACGACUGCGGGAAUCAUGCAUGAGACCAGGCCAAUUUUCACAGCACAGUUCUAUCCAGAUGCAAAUCCUGGGCCGAGGGACACGGAGUUCCUUUUUGAUUCUUUUAUUUCCCUGGUUAAGAGUGGGAAAGGCAGUACCAUUUCCUCGGUUCUGCCCAAGGCUGGAGUGACUGCUUCCAGAGUAGAGGUCUCCAAAGUUCUCAUUCUAGGAUCCGGGGGUCUGUCGAUUGGCCAGGCAGGGGAAUUUGAUUACUCUGGAUCCCAGGCUGUAAAAGCCAUGAAGGAAGAAAAUGUGAAAAUUGUCCUCAUGAAUCCUAAUAUUGCUUCGGUGCAGACCAAUGAGACUGGCUUAAAGCAGGCUGAUGCUGUCUACUUCCUCCCCAUCACUCCUCAGUUUGUCAUAGAGGUCAUCAAGGCUGAGCGUCCUGAUGGAAUAAUUCUGGGCAUGGGUGGCCAGACUGCUCUCAACUGUGGAGUGGAACUCUUCAAGCAAGGAGUCCUGCAGCAGUAUGGUGUGAAGGUUCUAGGUACAUCAGUUGAAUCCAUCAUGGCUACAGAGGAUAGAAAGCUCUUUUGUGAUAAACUGACUGAGCUAAAUGAAAAGAUUGCUCCUAGCUUUGCAGUGGAAUCGGUUGAAGAGGCUCUGAAGGCAGCCGAAAACAUUUGUUUCCCAGUCAUGAUACGUUCUGCCUAUGCCCUCGGUGGCUUGGGGUCAGGCAUAUGUCCCGAUAAGGAAAGUUUGCUGGACCUUGGUACAAAGGCAUUUGCAAUGACUAACCAAAUUCUGGUGGAAAAGUCAGUCGUUGGCUGGAAGGAGAUAGAGUACGAAAUUGUGAGAGAUGCUGCUGAUAACUGUAUUGCUGUCUGCAAUAUGGAAAACAUUGAUGCUAUGGGAGUGCACACAGGAGAUUCUGUUGUAGUGGCUCCAAGCCAGACGCUCACUAAUGAGGAGUUUCAGAUGCUGAGGGAUCGUGCCAUCAAAGUUGUCCGACAUUUGGGUAUUGUGGGAGAGUGUAAUAUCCAGUUUGCUCUGCAUCCAACUUCCCUGGAGUACUACAUUAUUGAAGUUAAUGCCAGACUCUCGAGAAGUUCAGCUUUGGCCUCCAAGGCGACAGGGUAUCCAUUAGCCUUCAUUGCUGCCAAAAUUGCCCUGGGGAUUCCCUUGCCAGAAAUCAAGAACGUUGUGACAGGAAAAACCUCUGCCUGCUUUGAGCCCAGCCUUGAUUACAUUGUCACCAAAAUCCCCCGCUGGGAUUUGGACCGUUUUCAGCACGUAUCCAGCCGCAUUGGGAGCUCCAUGAAGAGCGUGGGAGAGGUCAUGGCUGUUGGACGCACUUUUGAAGAGAGCUUUCAAAAGGCCCUGAGAAUGUGCCACCCCUCAGUAGAUGGCUUCACUUCACGUCUGCCUAUGAAUAAAGACUGGCCAGCCGUUGUAGAUCUCCAGAAGGAACUUUCUGAGCCAUCCAGCACUCGAAUAUAUGCAAUAGCCAAGGCCUUGGAUAACAAAGUCCCCAUGGAUGUCAUUCACAAACUCACGGCCAUUGACAAGUGGUUCCUGUAUAAGAUGCACAGCAUUGUGAACAUGGAGAAGAUCCUGAAGGAAGUGAGCAGUGAAACAGUUCCAGAAGAGACACUGAGAAGAGCCAAACAGAUGGGGUUCUCCGACAAACAAAUCGGGAAGUGUCUGAGGUUGACUGAAGCCCAGUGCCGUCAGCUCAGACUGAGGAAGAAUGUAGUGCCUUGGGUGAAACAGAUUGACACACUGGCAGCAGAAUACCCAGCAGUGACUAAUUACCUCUACAUCACAUACAAUGGGCAGGAACAUGAUGUAAAAUUUGAUGACUGUGAAGUGAUGGUGUUGGGCUGUGGACCGUAUCACAUAGGCAGCAGCGUGGAGUUUGAUUGGUGUGCUGUUUCCAGUAUCCGCACGCUGCGUCGGCUUGGCAACAGGACUGUCGUGGUGAAUUGCAACCCGGAGACAGUAAGCACAGAUUUUGAUGAGUGCGACAGACUCUACUUUGAGGAGCUGUCACUGGAAAGGAUCUUGGACAUCUACCAAUAUGAGGGAUGCAGUGGCUGCAUUAUUUCUGUAGGAGGGCAGAUUCCCAAUAAUUUGGCGGUGCCACUCCAGCAGAGUGGAGUGAAGAUCCUUGGCACAAAUCCUCUGCAGAUUGACCAGGCAGAAGAUCGCUCCAUAUUCUCAGCUGUUCUGGAUGAGCUGCAUGUGGCCCAGGCUCCCUGGAGGGCGGUCAGCACACUGAGAGACGCAGUUGAAUUUGCAAGCUCAGUGAAUUACCCGUGUUUGCUGAGGCCCUCCUAUGUUCUGAGCGGGUCUGCAAUGAAUGUGGUAUUCACUGAGGAGGAAAUGAAGAAGCUGUUAGCAGAAGCCAACAGAGUCUCUCAGGAUCACCCUGUGGUACUCACUAAAUUUAUUGAAAAUGCCCGUGAGGUGGAAAUGGAUGCUGUAGCUAAGGCAGGAAGAGUUAUUGCACACGCUAUUUCGGAGCAUGUGGAGGAUGCAGGUGUUCACUCUGGAGAUGCCACCCUCAUGUUACCCACACAGACCAUCAGCCAGGGAGCCUUGGAGAAGGUAAAGUCUGCUACAAAAAAAAUUGCAAGUGCCUUUACCAUCUCUGGUCCGUUCAACAUCCAGUUCUUGGUGCGAGGCAACGAAGUGCUGGUGAUAGAGUGCAAUUUGAGGGCUUCACGUUCCUUCCCCUUUGUAUCGAAGACUCUGGGUGUGGACUUCAUUGAUGUGGCCACUAAAGUGAUGAUUGGAAAAGAGGUUAAUGAGUCAUCCCUCCCCACACUGGAACAUCCCAUUAUUCCAUCCAACUAUGUUGGGAUUAAGGCCCCAGUGUUCUCGUGGGCCCGGCUGAGAGAUGCUGACCCUGUUCUCCGAUGUGAAAUGGCCUCUACUGGCGAGGUUGCAUGCUUCGGGGAGAACGUGUACUCUGCCUUCCAGAAGGCUAUGCUUGCCACAGGGUUUACGUUUCCUAAGGAAGGGAUUUUGAUUGGAAUCCAGAAGUCCUUCCGCCCCAGGUUCCUCAGCAUAGCAGAACUACUGCAUGAGGAAGGCUUCAAGCUUUAUGCCACAGAAGCAACCUCACGCUGGCUCAAUGCUAAUGGCAUCCCAGCGAGUCCUGUGGCGUGGCCAUCACAGGAAAGCCAGAGUCCGAGCCUCCCUCCAGUCAGCAGGCUGGUGAGGGAUGGGAAAAUAGAUCUGGUGAUUAACCUGCCCAACAGCAACACCAAGUUUGUCCAUGAUAAUUAUGUGAUUCGGAGGAUGGCUAUUGACAACGGGAUUGCUCUUCUCACCAACUUCCAGGUGACAAAGCUUUUUGCUGAAGCUGUCAAAUACUCUGGGAAGUUGGACUUCAGGAGUCUCUUCCACUACAGACAGUUUGAUAAUGGAAACACUUCAUAGAAGAACUCUCUCCAACCUGCAAGCUUACUGCUUUUGGCACCACAAAAGAGAGGGGAUCUCAGAUCAUCCAACCAGCCAUCUUUGCAUGCAUUUUGUAGCAUCUGCACCAAUUGCUUUUGCAGCUCACUCAAAUUAAUUUCUAGCCAAUACUUCUGCCUGCCCACUGGAAAGCCAUCCUCUCCCUAGUCUCUCCACUGUCUUCUCCAUAUUUCCACAUAGGAUCAAAUAUUAGUUUCUUCCCAGAUGGGUAGAUCCAGACACCACCAUAGCAGAGAGGAUGAAAAGAAACACAAUUGAUCCUACAUAGGAGUUGUUCCUUCUUUUCUUAAGCAAGCCUUCUCCUUAGAAAUGCCUUCCUUGGAUCCAUACUCCAAGCUAUUUACAUGCUGAACUACUCGAAUCUGGCCCUAAAUUCCCAUAGACACACAUGGAACUUUCUCUUUCCAUUGCUGAUUAUUGAGGGUUUUGUGACUGUAAAAAUAAAAUCCUCCUUGA